UCCCCGGCGGCCCUCGGCUCCAGCAAGGACUUUGGGCCUUUUCUUGUGUCCUGUUUGUUAAAGGCAUGCGGGCUACAGCAUUCAAGAGGGUUAGUUCUUAACAAAGGGAAAGAGAUAAAUGUAAAGAAGCUCACAUUUUCAGAAUGAGCGGUUUGCAGUAAGGAGCCGCGGCAGCCCAGAGUCUGCUCCUUUGGGCUGGGCUAACCUUUCCCUGUUUUUUUCUUUUUUUUCUCUCUUUAAUGAAUAAAAAUAUGCACUUCCAAAGUGCGAGUUGCCCGUUUACAUGUUUAAUAGCUAAUUAUCUACAGGCAUGAGCACAUUCUCUCAUCUAGCACACUCUUUCUUGGGGACUCAAUUAAAGAAAUCGCUGAUUGCUUGCCUUCAGAAAAUUCACUGAUUGUCCAAAUCGCAGAUAAAUUUGGUGUCGGAAUUUGGUUUGAACUGAUGAAGAAAAUAUUCUCUACUGGUCCUUAAUCUCAGAGUGGUGAACACCUGCAGCAAGCAGGCUUUCUGGAAAAAAAAUCCAUGGGUGACAGAAGAUUUAUUGACUUCCAAUUCCAAGAUUUAAAUUCAAGUCUCAGACCCAGGUUGGGCAAUGCAACUGCCAAUAAUACUUGCAUUGUUGAUGACUCCUUCAAGUAUAAUCUGAAUGGUGCUGUCUAUAGUGUUGUGUUCAUCCUCGGUCUAAUAACCAACAGUGCCUCCCUGUUUGUAUUCUGCUUCCGCAUGAAAAUGAGGAGUGAGACUGCUAUUUUCAUCACCAAUCUGGCCCUAUCUGAUUUGCUUUUUGUCUGUACCCUACCUUUCAAAAUAUUUUACAACUUUAAUCGCCACUGGCCUUUUGGUGACACCCUUUGUAAGAUCUCAGGGACCGCUUUCCUCACCAACAUCUACGGGAGCAUGCUUUUCCUUACCUGCAUAAGUGUGGAUCGUUUCCUAGCCAUUGUCUAUCCCUUCCGAUCCCGUACCAUCAGGACCAGGAGGAAUUCUGCCAUUGUGUGUGCUGGAGUCUGGAUCCUAGUUCUCAGUGGUGGUAUUUCAGCUUCUUUGUUUUCCACCACUAAUGUCAACAAUGCAACCACCACUUGCUUUGAGGGCUUCUCCAAACGUGUCUGGAAGACAUACCUGUCCAAGAUCACCAUAUUCAUUGAAGUUGUCGGGUUCAUCAUUCCUCUGAUAUUGAAUGUUUCUUGCUCUUCUGUGGUGCUGAGAACCCUCCGCAAGCCUGCAACAUUGUCUCAAAUUGGAACCAAUAAGAAAAAAGUGUUGAAGAUGAUCACAGUGCAUAUGGCAGUUUUUGUGGUAUGCUUUGUACCGUACAACUCUGUUCUCUUUUUAUAUGCCUUGGUACGCUCCCAAGCCAUUACUAAUUGCUUAUUGGAAAGGUUUGCAAAGAUCAUGUACCCAAUUACCUUGUGCCUUGCAACUCUGAAUUGUUGUUUUGAUCCUUUUAUCUAUUACUUCACUCUUGAAUCCUUUCAGAAAUCCUUCUAUAUCAAUACACAUAUAAGGAUGGAAUCCCUGUUUAAGACUGAGACACCUCUGACCCCAAAGCCUUCCCUUCCAGCUAUUCAAGAGGAAGUUAGUGAUCAAACAACAAAUAAUGGUGGUGAAUUAAUGCUGGAAUCCACCUUCUAGGUACGAGAAUUAUCUUUCAUGUAUAGUUACGGUGUCUCCUAUGAGUUUUCCUAUGCUAUAAGAAAGAGAAAAAAAUUGAAGCUAAUGAUGCCGAAAAUAGAUUAAUGUACCAAAUACAGUCAAAUGCAUUUGUUUGAAGACUUAUUGUACAUAUUCUGUUUUGUUCAGUAAUUAUAGGUCAAGUCUAAUUACAGCAACCAAAACAGAUUAUCAGACUCUUGCUGAGUUGAAGUUUUUAUUACAUAAACGACCAGUGGUUUUGACUUUUAGUGAUGUGGGGGUUACUUUAAAACUUAAAAAAAAAAAAAAAACAUUCCAGUGGUUUUGGUAAUUGGGUUGGGCCUAUAAAUAUAGAACAAAUUCAGGGAUUAUUUAAAAAUGUUUGUGUUACUACUGAUAUAUACUGGUAUUUUUUCCUUUUUUGAAUUAUCAUGGAAUUUAUUUUACUAAAAGAACUUAUUUUUACCUAAUAUUAAUAAAACAUGUUAAGAAAGGAAUGUGUUGAAUUUAAAAAGAUUGGCAGAUUUUAUCUAGAUUUUGAAAAGAUGUAAAGUAUUUGGAUGAAUAUGGAUAGGAAAAUUUGGAAAACAGACAACAUUUACACAUAUAUAAUCAUAGUUAGUGUCAGCUUUUAAAACUUUCUUUGUAAAACAAUACUAGAAUUUUCCUAUUAAAUUGUUAAUCUUGAAAGCUGCUACAUAUGUGCCUGGCAGGUGCAAAAUGGAAAAAUCAUGAAAUUGCAGUGUCAAUUAAAAAAAAUUUAAGCAACACUACAUUAUUUCUUAAAACUUCCUUUUAUUCUUUAUGGGGGUGGGAACUCACUUGUAGAAAAUAUUUAUUCUUCAUAUUAAGUGUUGGGACACAGUAUAGCCACAGAGCUAUACAGUAAUUGUGUCCAGGUCGGGAGCAAGUUGAAAACAGAAGUGAACAAAAUAAUAGCAACAAUAUAUCUUAUAGCUUGUAUUAAUAGUUUUUUAGGUAGAGGUUAGAUAGCUUUAGCUUUCAAAUAUAUACUCACUCUUUUCUGUUCAAUUUUGGAGCACGUUGUAGCCGAGGUGCUGCUGAAUUUGUGCUCAGGUCGGGAGCGUAUUGAAAAAAAAAUGUAUAUAAUGAAAGAAACAACAAAAAAAGAAAAAUUAUCAAAAAAAUCCACAAA